AUGUGCAAAACAAACGACUCAAAGCUAUACAACAUUCCUUCUGUUUUGAUUGGUAACAGAUUGUACUCCUUGAACGUGAUUCUAUGUCGUAUCACAAAAGAAUCUUGGCGUAUUCAAGUUGCAGCCGAUGCCAAUCCAAGCAUACUGUUUUUUGGAGAGUACGAGACAUUCGAAGAAGAAUGGAUAAAAGUUCUAGAACAGCUUUCUUGUUCGAUCACGGACCAUAGCCUGAUACCACUUCGUGUGGACUUGGAUAGCGACAAUGUUGUCUUGAUCUACAAUUUCAACGGGAUAGUUCUGAGAUUACCUCUUCGUAGACCUAGCGAUCAGGAAUUGAAUCUUCAUCUCCUCACAAUCAUUGCAUCGGAAAAGGCCGCCCAUACUGAAGAAAAAAAGAAACGUGAAGAUCUUGAGCAAAAGCUUAAAUCUCUAGAAACGGAGCUUGCGUCUGUGAAACAGCGCGCAACAUGGCAAGAAAAAGAGAUGGAUUUGCUGAAGCUGCUCCUGAAAUCUCCAGCUGUACCGAGCUUAGUUCCCGACAAAUCGCUACAUUGCGUAUCUUGCAGUUGCUCAAGCUCGCGCCUUAGUCGAUCAAGCAACAUCACAGGUUUAGAUCCAGACGAGGAAGGUGACGUUUCCGAUCAGGAUAACGAUGAUGCUGCGUCAAACUCUAGUUGUAGAAAGGAGCUAAAACACGAGACACCUUCGAAUACUUCAUCGUCCAUGGUUCCUGAGCCCGGCACCCAGCAGCCGCAGAAUCUACUCCUCGGUAUUGCUCAGUACAUUCUUUGUCAGUUGUGUCCUGAACAAGCUCCUGACCUCAAAGUUAUGGAAGAUCACUUUCUCAGAACUCAUGUUAACAAGGAAAAACGAAACUGCGAGGCGUGUCCUUCCGAGGAUCAACCAGACCUAAUCCAACACAUGAGAAGACAUACGAAUAGGAUUUACGCUUGUGAGUACUGUGGCAAACGUGGACGGCGGAACUAUUUGAAGGCACAUGUCAGGACACAUACUGGAGAGAAACCAUUCAGUUGCGAAACAUGUGGUCGAAGCUUCGCUGAUGGAAGUACGUUGCGUCGUCAUCGGUUGGUUCACUCGGGCAUGAACGAGGAGUCGAAUAGAGUUCUUGCUUUACUCGAGGAAAUUCAGGAGACACAACUCCUUAUCAUAGAGAAAUUAGGUAAACCAAACGAAGCGUUUACUGCGGAAAUGACACGAUUGAAUCGUCUUAUUUCCGAUGUGGAACAUUAUCUUCCUAUUUUAAAAACCUUGGCAAGCGAUAUUCCGCUUUACAAGUGUUAUAGAGCGUUCUCCCGUGCUUUGUUCUGA